ACUAAAUCGUAUAAUAACGCGUAUUUGUUGACAAGAUGGCGGGCACUAUUUAAAUAUUUUUUUUUAGAAUCAACAUCAGAAUCGCCGACUUUUGAAAAAAAUGGAUGAUACCGUUCAAGUUGAAACAAGCGACAUAGUACAUCUAAAUGUCGGCGGUCAUAUCUACACGACGUCCCGCUCUACGCUAACUAAAUAUGACGAUUCGAUGCUUGGAUCCAUGUUCAGCGACAGAAUGCCGACAAAAAUGGACGACAGGGGAAAUUACGUAAUUGACGGCGAUGGGAAGCUUUUCCGGUACAUUCUAAAUUUUCUGCGCCGAUCGAAACUGACUGUACCUGACGGCUUUAAAGAGCUUGAUAUGCUUGCGGAUGAGGCGGAUUUUUACCAGAUAUCUGAGCUGAUCGACGCGAUUGCUGAGUUAAAAAUGGCGAGGGACGAAGAAUUACGCAAAGCAUCCCUCGUACAGGCGUACGAAUUCCUAGAAGUUGAGUUCGAGUGUGCCAACGGCCAGUAUAUCGUGUUCGCGGCUGCCUCGGUAUUGGAAAAAAUACCGUCUCUGGUGUCCCACUACAAAGAUCUUGGAAACUGGGGCGGUAAAAAACGAGUUGAAGAGUACGGCCUUUCCCUACCCCGCGGGACCCGUACCGCCAAACCAAUCGACAGAAUCAAGCUUUUCCGGGAAAUCACGGACCAAGGGUUCGAGAUGAGAUGCGCGUCUUCCAGUGGAGGAGACGAAAGGUCAACGGAUCGCUGGACAUUUUGUAGAUGUGUUCCUAAAUGA